AUGUAUUUGCCUAAGGUGGAACUUGCACACGAUGAGAUCGUGUUCCUCGUGUUGUCCCCGACUAUCGCCUCGCUUGAAGUGCAAUUACUUUUCCACCUUACACAAUACGGCAAGUGCGCACCGUCGGGCCUGACGUACAUCAUCUCCACUUGGUUCGACCAUCAACCCCCUCAGACCGCGACACUAUCAGCCGCGGACCCUGAUGGUGCCCUUGGCGCCCGCGUUGCAUGUCCGUGGAUCUUCGCCUCUCCACUCGCUCGAGCUUCGCUUGGAUGCCACUCCUCUUCACCCGCUCGCCUAGUCCAAAUCUCGACGUUCGUCCGCGUCUGUGCUGUCGAUUUUCCGAUGGCGAUUGCUCAUCGCAACUCUCAGAGCCUUUUGGAGACGGCUUGA